UACAACGAUGAAAUGCAAUAUGGAUUUCUACAUCUAUUUGGGAUUUGGUGGGGGGUCGCUUCAUUUAUAAGUCUUCUGCUCUAUUUCUCCUAUUUUUUAUCCACGGACGGCUGGAACUGGUUCUGUUUGAUGAGAGAGGAAGUGGAUGAGAGGGAUGAGGAGGAAGAAUUUGAACCUGGGGACAGGAUAGGAGAUGCAGCAAUCGAGGAAGAAGAUGGUAUAUUUACAGACUGGUCAAAGAAGUAUUCUAGUGAAGCCGACAUUCAAAACGAGGUUCUCUUUUCUCGAAGUAGUCUUAGACAAGAUAAUCUUUCAGCUGAAUUAACGGAUAAUCUGGAAGGUCAACUGGAGAGUUUUGAAGAACAUGAAUAUAUUAAUCAUCAUAACGUUUUAAACACAUAUACCAACACAGAAGGAAAAUGUACUUAUGAUCAUUAUUUGAAGAAAAAUAAAGAUCAUUUUGAUGAUGAUCAUGAAUCACAUCAAGAGCAUAAUGAUGAUUAUAAUGAAUCACAUCAAUAUGAUAAUGACGAUUAUGAUGAAUCACAUCAAAAUCACAUCAAGGAUAAUGAUGAAUCACAUCAAGAUCACAUCAAGGAUAAUGAUGAAUCACAUCAAUAUGAUAAUGAGGAUUAUGAUGAAUCACAUCAAUAUGAUAAUGACGAUUAUGAUGAAUCACAUCAAAAUCACAUCAAGGAUAAUGAUGAAUCACAUCAAGAUCACAUCAAGGAUUGUGAUGAAUCACAUCAAGAUCCCAUCAAGGAUUGUGAUGAAUCACAUCAAUAUGAUAAUGACGAUUAUGAUGAAUCACAUCAAGAUCACAUCGAGGAUUGUGAUGAAUCACAUCAAGAUCAUAUUUAUGAAUAUGAUAAAUCAUAUCAAGAUCAUAUUAAGGAUAUUGAUGAAUCAAUUCAAAAUCAUAAUGAGGAUUAUGAUGAAUCACAUCAAGAUCAUAUCAAGGAUUAUGAUGGACCCCCUCGUAUGAAUGAUCAUUUAAAAUAUGUUGAUUUCUAUGACAGUUCUCAUUAUGAAAAUAUUCAAAUUGUUUAUUACGACGAAGAUCACAAUGAUCAAGAAAAUGAUUCCGAUGACGAUAUUGAAGAUGAUGAUGAUCGACACAGUGAUGUUAAUUAUGAUGGUGAUUACGAUGAUGAAUAGAUAUGUCAUUGAUCAUGAUCAUUUUUCUAAAAGUGAGGGCUAAACUUUUGAAUGAGAAAGCGCUCAGCUUCAGUGAUCGCCUAAAAUUGAUAAAUCUGGAUUCAACUUUUAAAUUGAGGGGUUUAGCACCUUGAAUUAAUGGAAACUGUUCAUCCCUGGUAAAUUAUGUUUGAGUUUAGAUUACUGAAAGAAUUGAAGAUGAAUUCAAUGUCAAAGGUUGAACUGUCGAAGGAACAGAGCGUUGAAUUAAAAUUCAAAAGUUUGCUCCUCUGAUUGGAAAAAGAAAGUCGACUAUUUUGAUAAAAUUUAUUGAAUAAAACUUAAACUAAUCGUCUUCAUCCGCAUCUGUCAUCAGACGAAGAGAAUGUUUUCCCGUAACUGGAAUAUCGCUUCUAAUAAUAAAUAAACCAUUCUUUUUAAAGUUUUGAUUCGAAAACUUAUAAUAAAUGUUAUUUUUUUA